UCUCUCUCCUCGUCAGACAGACGUGUGCAUGUGUGCUCUUUAUAUACAGCUAAGAAUACGUAUACGCUCACAUCUACAGUACUCUGAUAUUCUGAGAGAUCAGACCAAGUCAUGUUGUUCUUCCACGGAUCUGAGCAAGCGCCGAGGCUUUUCCUGGCGAUGUGUGUAUGGGGAUUCUUCCUUCAGCCAGCAGAACAGUUCCCGGUUGGAGAGGGUUUCAAUCUGCUGCUGUAUCCGUUAUCUGUGAUGGGGCCGUAUGGAUCUCACACCGUUCUGAUACCAGCGACCGGGACAGAGCAGAACACACAGCGCAGCCAAACUCCACAGGCAAACAGCAGCAAGAUCAGCGCUCAUAGUGAGUCCAAGCCAUUACAUGCAAACAGUGGGUUUCUCCAGCCAGACCCUGCCCCUGACUCCGCCCCUAGUCCCACCCAUCUCCCGUCUGAAUCUUUGCCUUUGCAGGGGCAGUUUCAGAUGUCACAUUUUGUCCCCUCAAAUGUCCCUCUGCAGGUCUAUUCAUUUUUUCAGCAGACUGUUGUCUCAAACUCGGGCAGUUCAGAGGAAGAAGCCGCUGCUCAGGUGAUCUAUAUGGUUCCCAUCAGCGUGGGUUCACCCAGCAUGGGUGUGAUGGAGGGCACGGGGCCCAAUCCUGGCCCUGGACCCCUGCAGGUCAUGGGCAGCACCACUCCUGCUGCGGCGCAGCUGGACGCUCGGGGACAGCGGGCACAGACAGAGACGCUCGCUCCAGGAGUCCUCUGACCACAGGACAACACUCGCUGAUUCACUGAUGCCGUCUGUACUGAUUUCUAAAAUAACUUUGGUUGUAAUUACGGUAUUUUCCGGACUAUACGUCACACUUUUUUUUCAUAGUUUGGCUGGUUCUGCGACUUAUAUUCAGGUGCGACUUAUUUAUCAAAAUUAAUUUGACAUGAACCAAGAGAAAUUAACCGAGAUAAAACAUUACCAUCUCCAGCCGCAAGAGGGCGCUCUAUACUGCUCAUUGCCUCCUGUAGACGGUAAUGUUUUCUGUUGGUUCUCGGUUAUACUCAGGUGUGACUCAUAGUCCGAAAAAUGCGGUAAAGCUUCAAUUUCAGCCAUAAAACAGCUCUACAGACAAUACAGUGUCAUUAUUCAGUGCUAAUUAUUCAGCAAGCUCAGCUGUUCAUAGCUAAUUCCAUACAAUGAAUAUAAAUUUUCUUUUAGGCUCCAGAUCAUGUAAUUCAAUUCUCUUUACUGUCACUGUAGUUCAGUAGUAUUCCCAACAAUCACUGCAGUUUUAAAUCCAACUCUUCUAUUAUAGUUUAUAAUUUGGAGGAACACAAUAACACUGAGGUUUUAAUUUAAGGCAACAGAGGUGGUGAAAUCAGUCUGAUUACACACUAGGCACUAACAGAUAAACUAGACAAUUGUUGUAUUGUGCUUAUGCUUUUUCUGUUAUUUGUCUUGGAAUAACACUGGAUUGAGAUCGAACUGCUGAUUGUUAUUUUCAGGAUGUGAGUUACUGUGAGAACUUGGCAUUUUCUCUUGAUAUGUGUUCCCCCAGCAUCAUUUGUUUAUUUAUAUUAAAGUCUGGUGCUGUCUUCUUUU